GUCAAAAUUAAUGGCUUCACUGAUUCAUUUGUUAAUAAAAAUUAAAUGCCAGUUGCAAUGAAAAAUAAAGUCGUGAUAUGAACUGAGACUUGGAAUCAUGAUGGAACCGCAAUCACCUUUGAUUCUCUGCAUGGAAAAUGUUGAAGGUCAGGAAGUGGCCCUAAAAAUAGAGCCCAGUGACACAUUUCAGAUCUUUCUUGAUAAUUCUAAGUUACUACUAGGUUUCGAAGUUGAUAUAAACUCGAUAACUGGCAACCAGCCGGUGUCACUUAGUGAUAACAUCUAUACAUUCCUACUUAACGCUGAAAAGAACGUAGCUGUUAAUGACCUUGAUCAGAUUCUGGAUCAAAACCCUGAGAGUGACGAUCUGGUGUAUGUUCUCGAUGAUGGUACCCAAAUAAGGGCAUCACAGAUACAAUUCGACAACGAAGAUCCUUUAAUAGAUCUGACUGCUGAAAAAAUACCAUUCGUGAAAUACAACGACGAUGGUGAUGAAGAUGUUGCGGAAGUAGGGACUGUUAAAGAUGUCAAUAUCAUCGAGAGUCCGGUUACUAGGUGGAGCAAGGACUGCAGUCCCAAAUGCAGUUUCGCCAACAGUCUGCCUUUCAAACUCGUAUGCAAUAACACUUCAAACUUCGACGCGCAGUUCUCGAAAUACCUCGAGCCUACCAAAACAUACACGACCUUGAAUCCCGCCAAUCGAAAUAAAUCACCGAGAAGCCUAAUACGAGAUAAUUAUAAGAAUUACGAUGAACGGAACGAUUUCUUCACUAGAGAGGAUAUUUUGAACAUGUUCAAAGAUUCUCCGGUGACUUCCUUGCCAUGUGAUGGGCAGAACUAUGAGAAGCGUAGACACGUGAGGAAAACUGACCCUUCUAGAUCAGUACACAAGAGCUGGAAUUACAAAACAACGCCGGACGUUGACAACAUGACCAACAACCAAGACUGCUUCAUAUGCGGAAAGAUUGUGGAAAAUAAUGAGAAGCUAUACCUAUUCGACAAAGAAGAUCAAAUGUUGCAUAGAUGUGAGCAAAGGAAAUUUCAGCAGCAAUUGAAAAUCAUCUGCGAGAGAUGUCUGAAUGAGAAUUUUAAACCUAGCAGAAUGAAGAGUCCGAGCCAGUCGCUCAACAACGACGAAUAUCUGGUGAUAAAGAACAACCAGCAGUACAUAUUCCAAAAAAUAACGACCAUAGACUUGAAGAAGUUGAACGUGGAGUCGAAUAAGAAUUCAGAGUACGUCAAGGUCGAGAUAGGUCCCGAUGGGGAAAUUAUCACGAAGCCUAUAGACAACGACGUAAAUGACGUCAUGGUGGUUAAAGAUGAGAAAAAAGAGAGUUCUAGCGACGUUGAAAUUAUAGAACCGGAAGUGGAGAUUGACAUAGACAAUAUAGAGGAAGCGGAUGAACAAGUGAAGGAGUUUUUGGGGAAGUACCAGUGUGAUGCCACAGACAAUAAAGAAUUGAAAUGCAGAUUUUGCGAGCGCGUUUUCACAGAACUGGACCAGGUCAUAGAGCAUGGAGAGGAGCAUAGACACGACGUAGAAGAUGAAACAGUAUUCCCAUGCCCGUUAUGUGACUACGGAUACGCAAACUUCAAAUAUCUCAAAGCUCAUCUUAAAGCGGCGCAUAUUAAUAAUAAAGACAGUAACAGUGAAGAGCACGACGAUAAAAAUACACCCAAAUCAUCUCCAGUAGCCAAAAGGACAAGAAGCGCUGUCAAAAAACACGACAACGAAAACGAUGAUAAAAAUGAAAAGAACUCUGAAGAGGCGAAGGCUAGUAAUACGCAGUUUACUACCGAGGUUAAGCAAGAGUGUGUUGAGAGUAGUGACGAGUCUAUAUGGAUCGUACAAACUGGUGAUGAUGAUGAACAGCUAAACAACUUGCUGCAGGUAAAAGACGACGAGCGUGAUAUGAACGAUAGGAAGAAGCACAAGUGUUUCAACUGCAGUCAAAUAUUUCCUACCGCGGAAAGUUUAGCGUCGCACAAAUGUAGGAAACGAGGCAGGAAGAGAAAGUCGUUGCUGAAGGACGAGUCGGUUAUAUUUGUUCCGUCGGAAGAAGAUUUUUUGAAGAGGGCUCAAGGUAGACUAGGGCGUGAGGGAUCGGGGACUAAUGAUCUAUUAGUUAUGAGAUCACGCAAGAAGAAGAAUCGUGAUUCUGAGCCACAAAUCGUCACUUGUCAUAAUUGCAACGAGUCCUUCACAUCCAAAGUGAGACUUAAAUUUCACAUGCAAUUCCACGACACAACCAAUCUAUUGACACCCGACGGUCGCUACGUUUGUUCUGAGUGCGAGAACGCUGAAUUCGCUACCGAGACAGAGCUAUUUGAUCAUGUCCAUUUCCAACACGACAAGCAGAAAAGAUGGCAAUGCCCCGUCAAGGAUUGCGGGAAGACAUUCUUCUUGAGGGCAACACUAACAAAACAUAGCCGCACACACACAGACACAAGGAGGUAUGUCUGUGUGACGUGCGGUAAACGUUUCUUAGACAAGCAGACAUUGGACGAGCACGGCGUUACCCAUUUACAGAUAAAGCCAUUCCAAUGUCACAUAUGUCUUAAGCAAUUAACCCGUCGGUCGCGGCUUCGUAUGCACUUACGUGCCCACGAGGAAGAAUUGUCACCAGCUCUAGUUUUGGUUUGCGCGAUAUGUAAUAGGGCGUUUAGGGAUCACGUCGAUGCACAGGAGCACGCUACGAAAUCAUCAGAAUGUAUCGAAGAGUUCACCAAUGAACUGAAGGAGGAGAAGGAGGCUUCAGAACAAUUGUCUCCUACCAGUGGUCUAGUGAGACAUACUGUCCAUGUUGUGGCGGAAUAUUCACACAACAAGGCGAUCGAUCGCGAAGUGAACAACGCCGAGAGCGAGGCACUACUGUCGCCUUUGGACGACGUCGCAAAAAAUAUAAUACGGGUCGUUAAUAUUGAGAAGGCGUUCAGAUGCGAGUACUGCGAAGAUGUAUUCUAUUUGGAAGACGCUUUAAACAAUCACAGGGUUAUUCACAAGGGUGUGCAGAAUCCGUUUACCUGUCACAUUUGUAAAGUCAGUUUCGCCACAUAUUCAAGAUGCACAACACACAAAACCACACACGGUUUUUAUAAGCGCAGUACGACAGAGGGUAACGAGGGUCACACUGGGCCCGCUAGCGCGGGGAUUUUAGGGUACGGGGGAUUUCCCGUCGUUAAGCACUUUCUAUGCGAGGACUGCGGGCGGUCGUAUCUGCAUUGGACAUACUUGCAAGUACAUCGCCGCAUGAAACACGCAAACGAGAAUUACAUAUUUAAAUGUAACCAGUGCGAGCUAACUUUCCCAAAUAGUUGGAGUGUUGCGUAUCACAGGAAGAAAGUUCACGGAAAAUCCGGCCAAGACGAGAAUGGGGGUAUUACUAAAAUUAUAAGAGACAACAGGAUCCCGUGUCGUGAUUGCGACCAGACGCUGCCAAACAAAAUUGAACUCUACAAGCAUAGAAAGAAGGAGCACUGCGACGAAGCUUUGGAUAUGGACAAAGAAGGUAACUGGUCCGACCAAAUAGACGACGCCAGCACCACCGUCUGCAGCAAGUGCGGGCACAACCUGCACAACGUGACGGCGCUGCAGAAACACGUCAAGGAGGUCCACGGUUACGCCAACCCCCACUCGUGUCCCGUGUGCGGGCGCAGUUUCCGUUCAGCUUCCAUACGUAACGAGCACGUCAGGACUCACACGGGGGAACGCCCGUACCCCUGUGAUGUGUGCGGGGUAGCCUUUAGACGAUCAACGGCGAUGCGUAAUCACCGUCUCAUUCACACGGGGGUCCGAGCGUGGGCUUGUCUGAGAUGCCCAAAGAGAUUCCGCAUCAAAUCAGACCUCAAGACCCACUUGAGACUGAAGCACCCGGCCCAUUUGGCUGUUAUUGAGGUCGAAGGCACCACGGCGUCCUCGGAGGACGUGCAGCAGCACCUGACCUUGAACAACAUCAACCAGGACAAGGUCAUUGAGAUAACUAUGAUAACGUUCGCUAAGGAUACCACAAAUAUAGUUCCGAACUCAUCCCGGGCCCUCGGCCUGCUGAAUGACGUGCCAAGGACACGAGUGGUGUGGGAGAGACCGGCGCAAUACUACGAUGUGUUCCAACCUCGUCGUGGCAGGGGUAUCGCCAAGACCCCGCGGCGGCCGAAAAUAUUAAGGGGGGAAGACCUACCCCAGGACGAGAACUACCCCCUAGAUACUGAUAACACGGAGACGGAGACUGAUAAGAUCCCAGAUAACAUCUAUCCUGUGACCUUGAACGCGGAUGGAGAGUUCCAAAACCUGUCAACGCUGAACGUGCAACUUCUGCUACAAGAUGGCGCUCUGGUGAACGGCAACCAGAUGGUGGAACUGCAGCUGAACGACGAAAUGCUGCUGGAGUAGUGUAUAAGAACUAUGAAGUGUUUUAAAUGAAGUAAUAUUAAAUGAAGUGUAUUGGAUUUAAGUUUAAAAUAAACGUAUUUUGUUUUUUU